AUGGCUUCCGUCAAGGCGUUCCCGACCAUCCAGAGCGUUAGAUCGUUCGUGAUCGGCGGUGUUGGCUCAGGUGGCGAUUACCACAACGUCCAAGGGGGGCAUUGGCUGAUCGACUCCCCUAUCUCAACGCCCUGCUCGCGGUGGGAGAAGUAUAGGGCUUCGCGAACUAGCUGGGGGAUCAAUGUCCUUGGCUCGUUCUUCGUUGAGAUCGAGGCCAGUGAUGGCACUGUCGGCUUUGCAACCGGCUUCGGCGGCCCGCCGGCAUGCUGGCUCGUCCACCAGCACUUUGAGAGAUUCCUCAUCGGGGCGGAUCCUCGCAAUACAAAUCAUCUCUUCGAGCAAAUGUACCGCGCAUCCAUGUUCUACGGCCGCAAAGGGCUGCCUGUUGCCGUCAUCUCCGUUAUCGACCUAGCCCUCUGGGACCUUCUCGGCAAGAUCCGCGGCGAGCCCGUCUACAAGCUCAUCGGCGGCAACACCAAGGACCGCAUCGAUUUCUACUGCACCGGCCCGAAUCCGCCGGCCGCCAAGGCCAUGGGCUUCUGGGGUGCCAAGGUGCCGCUCCCAUACUGUCCCGAGGAAGGCCAUGCGGGCUUGAAGAAGAACGUAGAGUUCCUGCGCCAGCACCGCGAGUCGGUUGGGCCAGACUUCCCGCUGAUGGUCGACUGCUACAUGUCGCUCAAUGUUUCAUACACCAUCGAGAUUGCAAAGGCGUGCGAGGACCUCAACAUCAACUGGUGGGAGGAGUGUCUCAGUCCCGACGACACAGACGGCUUCGAGCAGAUCAAGCGGGCUCACCCCACCAUCAAAUUCACCACCGGCGAACACGAGUACUCGCGAUACGGAUUCAGGAAACUGAUCGAAGGUCGCAAUCUCGACAUCAUCCAGCCAGACGUCAUGUGGCUUGGGGGCAUGACGGAGCUGCUCAAAGUAGCGGCCAUGGCCGCCGCCUACGAUAUCCCGGUGGUACCGCACGCAAGCGGCCCGUAUAGCUAUCACUUUGUCAUCAGCCAGCCAAAUACGCCGUUCCAGGAGUACUUGGCCAACUCCCCGGAUGGGAAGAGCGUGCUCCCAGUGUUUGGCGACCUGUUCAUCGACGAGCCAAUUCCCACAAAGGGUUACCUCAAUGCUAGUGAUCUAGACAAACCUGGAUUCGGUCUGACGGUAAAUCCAGCGGCGAGAGCGAAGCUUAUCCCGAGCACACUCCUCUUGACGCUCCCCACAACCUCACUGCCCCCGCCUACUCCCGAACCGGAGAGGUCAGAUACCGAACCGCAGCAAAAUGGGACCCACGCCUAG